UCAGGUCAUGUCCGGAUAUAAAGAAGCUGUACCUUAUUGCAAGACCGAAGAAGAAUAAGGAUACUGCAAAAAGACUACAGGAACAAUUUGACGAUGUGCUUUAUGAGAAGCUGCGAAAACAAAAUCCAGACUUCGUAUCCAAGAUCGCCAUCAUAGAAGGCGACGUCGGCCAGACUGGGCUCGGCAUGAAGGAUGAGGACCGGGAGAGGGUUAUUCAGGAGGUGGAGUUUAUCUUCCAUGGUGCAGCGACAGUCCGUUUUGACGAAGCCCUGAAACAGGCCGUCGAGAUCAACGUCAGGGGCACCAGGGAGAUGCUGCUCCUCGCCAGAGCCUGCAGCAGACUGAAAGCUAUGGUGCAUAUAUCCACUGCGUAUAGCAACUGUACAAUAAAAGACAUCGACGAGAAGUACUAUGACAGCCCUGUGCCUGCAGAGAAAUUGAUCGACAUGGUUGAAACUUUGGACGAGAAAACGCUGAACGGUAUUACGAAUGGGUUAAUAGGUGAUUUUCCCAACACCUACGCAUUCACAAAAGCCUGCGCCGAAGACGUCGUCCUUAAAUAUUCCAAAGGAUUACCUGUUGCCAUGAUCAGACCAUCUAUAAUUAUUGGAACGGCGAAAGAGCCUAUCGCUGGAUGGAUUGACAACGUUUAUGGACCUACUGGGGUGGUUGUUGGAGCCGCAGUGGGCUUGAUCCAUGUACUCAACUGCAAUCCUGACGCUGUUGCGGAUUUGGUCCCAGGAGACAUGGUCGUUAAUGCUUGCAUUGCAACUGCUUGGAAGACUGCUAGAGACUAUCCCGGCAACCAUGAGGACGCUCCACCCCAGGACCUACCCCCUUCAGUCUAUAACUACGUAUCUUCGGAACAACAACCCAUUACAUGGGGUACGUGAAUACAAUAACAAUGU